AUGAAGACUUCCUCACCGAUUGCCACAAGUGCCAAAGCCGCAGACUGUGGUCCCUCGAUUGGGCUGGCAGCCGGAAUCCCAUCCCUGCUGGCCACAGCCCUGCUGGUGGCCUUGCUGUUUACCUUGAUUCAGCGAAGAAGAAGCAUCGAGGAGCCCAUUGAGGAAAGUGAGACGCCAUGUGAAAUUUCAGAACUCUAUGACAAUCCCAAAAUCUCCGAGAAUCCUAGGGGGUCACCGACACAUGAAAUGAACCCACGAGGUGCCCAAGAAGGCCACAUAUAUGUGAAGACUGUCUCUGGAACUGAGGAGCCACUGCCAGACACAUACCGUCCUCCCGAAGAAAUAGAGAGGAGAAGGGGACUGUGGUGGCUCGUGCCCAGACUGAGCUUAGAAUGAUGUGACCUCCUCAGGAAGCAGACCCAGAGCUAGAAUAGGGCUGAAAACCUCGGGAGUCUGUGCUUGGGCUCCGUGCUUGGAGAGGCGA